UGAACCGACGGACGCGGGUCGUAAAGAAGCGGCUCCGGAGGCUUGUCCGUCUGGAUGUGAAGAGGAGCCCGGUCCGCAGAGCUGGUGGAGCUCCGACACCGGGAAUGCACAGAUCAUCUACUGCGACGAGGACAGGCAGCUGGACCGACACAACAUGAAGGCAGCUUCUGGAAGGGCGGCUGUGAAUGAGACAGAAGGAGCAGAAAGCGACGCAGCCAAACUACAGGCGCUCAAAGGUGCAGCGUUUCUGGUCACGGUGGCGUCUGCAGGGAUGAUCGCAGGAUUUGGCUCCACUUUAGCGCUGGCCAAGAAAAGAAGCCCUGACUGGUUCAGUAAGGGGCUGGCUUCAACCUCGGCCGCCCCACACAGCGGCGCGGCGCUGGCCCUCCGGGCUCUGGGCUGGGGGUCUCUGUUUGCCUGGGCCGGCGUAGGUCUGCUCAGCUUCAGCGUGUGGAAAGUCCUCGGCGUCCACAGCUUACCAGAGUUCAGACAGAAGAUGCAAACAGUUUUACCGUCCAUCCCAAAGAGCACAGAGGCCACAGCUGGGUCAGAACCUCUGGACUGGGACUCUGUCUUCAAAUCCAAGUGAAGGUUUCUCUGCUGAAAAAACAAGGACCCAACCUGUUUUCUGGGGAGAAUCCCUUGGACUAAUCGUGUUUCUAGCAUCUCUGCUGGUGGAAAGUGUUCGAGUAACCGACUCGGGUCAGAUCCUAAAAUCUGCAUGAGCAGAGUCUCUAAAAACUAAAUCCACAGACAACUACAUCUAGGAUCACACCUCUGCCUUGAAGGUGUCAACUUAUGUCAUAUGGUGCUGGUGUCAAAUAAAAACACGUUACCUGUAACAAAAA